UCAGUACCAGUUCACCCAGUCCAGAGGACGGCACAGAGGUGGAGAGCUGCUGGAAGCCGUCAGUUAAAUAACAAACACAUUUAAGAAAAGUCGUCUCAAACCCGUGGAAGCUGAUCAACUUCAGCGUUAAUCAGUUGAAUUCGUCUCCACAAACUGAAUAACAACGCUGAUGUUCUCCUGCACUAGACGCUGACAGUGAUCUCCAGACAUGAGACCCUUCUUAAGAGUGAACUGCAACGCUCUGUUUUUCCUGGUGCUCCUGCAGGGGGCAGGAAUGGUGAUGUUCUUCAACUGGUGCUACCUACUCAGCCCUUGUGACUCUCCUCCUGUUGACCGCAAAGUUCACGUUUUGCUGCUGUCGUCGUGGCGAUCGGGUUCAUCCUUCCUGGGUCAGGUGUUUAGCCAGCACCCAUCUGUUUUCUAUCUCAUGGAGCCCACAUGGCACGUGUGGCGCACAAUGAGAAGUUAUGGUUCGAAGACUCUCCGGAUGGCUGUGAGGGAUCUAAUGCGGAGCGUGUUCCAGUGUGACUUCUCAGUGAUGGAUUCCUACUUGCCACAAAAUCGCAACACUUCCUCCCUCUUUAUGUGGCAUCAGAGUCGGGCACUGUGCUCGCCGCCAGUCUGUUCCGCCACAUUAUUUGGUCAGAUAAGCAACACGAAAGAGUGCCAAAAGGAAUGCCAGGGUCUAGAUUUUGAGAAGGUGACAAAUUCCUGCCAAAUUUACAGCCAUGUGGUUUUAAAAGAUACUAGAAUUUUUGAGCUGGAAUCCCUUUAUCCUCUUUUUCAAGACCCCAAUCUUGACCUACGCAUUGUUCAUCUUAUCCGAGAUCCUCGGGCUGUGUACAGGUCCAGAGAGGAGUCAGUUUCAUCCUUUAAGAUGGACAACGCCAUCGUCUUGGAGCACAGAGAUGCACCAGAAGCCCAGGAGCAGUUUGAAGUCAUGAAGAAAGUCUGCCAGAGUCACAUCCGGAUCAACAAAACAGCCACCCAGGACCCUCCUGCAUUCCUCAAGGGUCGCUACAAGCUGGUUCGCUAUGAAGAUGUGACACGCUACCCGCUUCAGGAGAUCAGUGAUAUUUAUGACUUUGUUGGUUUAAAGAUGACCAAAGAGUUGGAGGACUGGAUAGUUACAAUGACCCACGGAAAGGGGAAGGGCAACCUGAAUGAUGCUUUCGAGGUUAUCUCCAGAAACGCUGUCCAAGUGUCCCAGGCUUGGCGCCGCAUGCUGCCAUACGACAAGGUCAAACGCAUUCAGGAGGUGUGUAAAGAGGCCAUGUCAAUGCUUCGCUACAAGGCAGUUAACAGCAAAGAAGAGCAGAAGAGACUUGACAUGGAUCUGUACAUGCCAGAAAACCGAAAGGCUUUGCUUAAGCAUUGGGUAAAUUAGGGAGGUUUAGUGAAUGAAACACUUUUCUGUGUUCUGUAUUUCACUGGAUGAUGGGCUGGCUGAUUUAUUCUGUUUAAGAAGAUGCAUCUUCUGUUGUGGAUUAAAGUAUUUAUAUUAUAAUGUGCAAUUCUCGGGAAGUAUUAUUAUUAUUAUUGUUAUUAUUUGCUUGUUUUAUCUGGAUCAAAAUAGAGCAAAUUGUCUUUAGAAGCUCUUCAGAUUGUAAUCAUAUACAUUUAAAAACAGGACUUGUUUAAACAGUCACUCAGACAAUAACAGUCACUCAGACAAUAACAGUCGCUCAGUUGAAUCUCAUGCAACUUUUGCAUGAGAUUCAAAUGUUUUUCCAAAAAUACGAAUAAUUCGGUCCUACUGUGUGGCUACUUUGACUGAACAAAUUCUUAAAUUUUAAUUUGUGAGUAUAUGAAUUAAGGUUAUUAGUAAUUUAACUUUCUUUUGCUUUUACAUAAAUGAACCAGAAACAGAUGGGAGACGUAGAAUCUUCAUUCAGUCUGUAGAAGUAUUAAAUCAAAUGUAUUUUAAUUUAAUUGUAUUCUUUAUAAUCAAGAGCAGACACGAUCUUCUUGUUUUGACACUGAAUCUACUUCACUGUGAAUAAAAUGUGUCUCUGAUCCUUCAGUGGAUAUAUUUCACUUCACAGACUGUAUCAGCAUUAAACAUGAUUGUUUUUAUUUGAGGUUUUAAGUUUUGCUUCCCGCUCACCAUUUUGCAAAUUUUUGGUGCUUUUACUGUUUUGAUUGAAUUUUUGUCUAUUUUACUUAUCUUUAGGCAUCUGUCUUUCCAUGUAUUUUUCUUUUAUUCCUUUGAUUUAUUUUAUUUUUUUUAAAUCAUGUGGCAACAUUUUUAAACAGGGUUUGACAAAAUUAAUGGAAUCCAUUAAAAAUCGUAGAUGUUCAUCUUUGUUGGAAAAGCCUGGGGGUUCUGUAAUGCUUAUUCCACAUUGUGCCUGGAUGUGUUUGCUUAAAAUACAAUGAAGAUCAAAAGCUCAGUUUUGUGUAUUCCUUUUAUUUUGUUUCCCUA